GGGAGGAAAGUGCAGCUUCUGGGAGGGACCUGCUAGUGGCUGAGGUGACUUGUCUGCAUGAGUUGGAAGGGUGCUGUGGAGCAGCUUCCAUCUGCAAGUUGUUUGCUACUUAUGCUGCUUCUACAUCCAUGACCACGGAAGUAUUAAUAUUGAAAGUAAGGACAGCAGCUGCAUACUAUGCGUCAGAUGGAUGCAUGCGUUCUCCAGCAGGAAGCAAGCGCAGCCAGCAAAACAAGCUGUGGUGUUUGAUCUGACUUCUUUGCAAUAUUUCAAGUGAGACUCUUCUUCUGAGCAGCAAUGAAUACACUCAGAUAUUGCUUCUUUGCUGUCCUGAUUCUCAGUGUUACGCUUCCAUUUGUUUUCUAUGCUGUUAGUUUGCAUGCACAAAACUCUCUUAGGAGACUGAACCUCUCAGUGAGUUCAGCUUUAGCAGAAGCCUGUAAAUCACUUGUUGAAGAUAAAGUAUCUUUUCUGAAGGAAAAUGCUUUAAAAACAUCGUUCAGAGAAUCCAGAUGCACGGAGUAUGUCACACAGAACCACUACAUCACCCGCGCCCUCUCGGCCGAGGAAGCUGCCUUCCCCAUCGCCUAUGUCAUGACCCUGCACAAGGAUUUCGAGACCUUUGAGCGGCUCUUCAGAGCAGUUUACAUGCCCCAAAACAUCUACUGUGUCCACGUGGAUGCCAAGGCACCGGCCCCGUUCCGUCAGGCUGUGCAGCACCUGGUGGGCUGCUUCCCCAAUGCCUUCCUCGCCUCCCGGGCAGAGCGGGUGGUCUACGGCGGCGUGUCCCGCCUGCGGGCCGACCUCCACUGCAUGAGAGACUUGCUGGCCUCAGCUGUGCCCUGGCGAUACCUGCUCAACACCUGCGGCCAGGACUUCCCCUUGAAGACCAACAGGGAGAUUGUCCGCCUGCUGAAGGGCCUCGGGGGGAAGAACAUCACCCCUGGGGUGCUGCCACCCCCCCACAUCACUGCACGCACCAAAUAUGUGCACAGGGAGCAAUUAUACUCUUUCUUUUCUUUCAUGCUGUGGACAUUUGUGCGCAAGGCGCCCCCACCACACAACCUGACCAUCUACUUUGGCUCUGCGUAUGUGGCCAUCAGCCAUCCCUUUGUGGAGUUCGUGCUGCAGGACCAGCGUGCUGUUGAUCUGCUGGCCUGGUCCGAGGACACCUACAGCCCCGAUGAGCACUUUUGGGUGACGCUCAACAGGAUUCCGGGUGUCCCAGGCUCCAUGCCCAACGCAUCAUGGGAAGGUGACCUGAAAGCAGUGAAGUGGAUUGAUAUGGAAGAGAGCCAUGGAGGCUGUCAUGGCCAUUAUGUCAGAGGCAUUUGUGUAUAUGGAACAGGUGACCUUAAGUGGCUUUUUAACUCCACCUGUAUGUUUGCAAAUAAGUUUGAGCUCAAAACAUACCCCCUGACUGUGGAAUGCCUGGAGUUGAGACAUCGGCAGAGAACCUUGUCCCAGAGUGAGGUUCAGGUGGAACCCAGCUGGUAUUUUUAGCUUAGCAAAACCACAGGCUACAACACCAAUAAAAGAGGUCAUGAGAACAACAGCAGCAAUCUUUUUGUCGUACAUAAAUGACGCAUGAGAUGGGUUCCUUUAGGAUGUUCUGUAGAUACAGUUUGUGUUGGCUUGUCUCACACUGCCUGCAAAUCUCACCUUCCACUUCACACCUGGAGGCUGAAGUGUGAGAGAUCCAAAAAAGAGACACCAGGGCAAAGCUCCUUGUGCAGCUGGAGGAGCUUUGCACUUUUGCCGUUUUUAAUGGGCUGUUUUCUAGCUCCAGUUUUUGUCUUGCUAUACUGUCAUUGCUAUCUUUUUCUACAAAAAUAUAAACAGAAUCAUGCAUCUCUGGCAGUUCUCAUGUCUAAAAGACAAGUGUGCACAUUGGAUAAUCAAAAAGGUAAUGAGUCACUGUCAGCAAGAUCUUAAAAGCAGGAACACAGCUGCUGGCUGCACAUACAGACACUGUUCUGGCAAAGAUACUGAUAUUUACUGCAGAGAACUGACGGAAAAGUACUGGAAAUGGAAUGACGCUGCUGCAUUUCCCAGAUCUUACCUGCUCUUUAAAUAUCUGUCAGGACAAGGUUUGUAAGAGAAAACAGCUUCUUUUACUAGAUCAGUGGGUGUGGUUCGAAAAAUCAGAUAGGCUUUCAGGCACAGGAGCCCUUCACCAUGUCUGAAAAACAGGGGUUUGUGUAUUUGUCUUACUUGGCCAACCAGCAGAAGUGGAAAAAAUAAAAAAACU